GCUCAGCGCACUGGAUAGGCACUUAUGACUGAUCGUUUUCUCGGGCAGGGCUCUCGCUGUACUCACUUUACGCAUGAAGUGGAGCCAUUGGUUCUAGAGCAACCAGCGUCUUCUCCAUAACGGAGCUCUCUAUUUCUACUGCUUGUUUUUUGCAAGUGGAUUUAUCUUUUUGUUCAAUAUGGCUGUUACGGAGGCUCCAUGCGACUUGUCUUAUUGCAAGAUGAGAGGAAUUGUGUCAGUUCUCACUGCUUUUAUCAAGGAGAGGAAAAUGGGCCUGAACGACUUAAUCUCGAAGUUGGUGUCAAACCCACAUAUCUGUCAACACUCUGAAGUUGACUUCCUCAAGAUCAAUGAGAACCAGAAUGAAGAGCUGGAUGAUGAUGAACUUCUGAAUCCAAUGUUCCUGACCUCCCCCAGAAGCUCACUGGCUGAGGAGUUGGCGAUCAAACCAUGUGAUUUUGACUACCUGAAAAUCAUCGGCAAAGGGAGCUUUGGGAAGGUGCUGCUGGCUCGACACAGGGACAGCAACGAGUAUUACGCCGUCAAGGUUCUACAGAAGAAAAUCAUCUUGAAGAAGAAAGAGCAAAAGCAUAUCAUGGCGGAGCGAAGUGUCCUGAUGAAGAAUAUCAAACAUCCUUUCCUGGUGGGGCUGCACUACUCCUUCCAGACUACUGACAAACUCUACUUUGUCCUCGACUACGUGAAUGGAGGAGAGCUGUUCUACCAUCUCCAGAGAGAGAGGGUGUUUCUAGAACCCAGAGCCAGGUUCUACGCUGCAGAGAUCGCCAGUGCUCUGGGAUACCUCCACUCCCUGCAUAUUGUUUACAGAGAUCUGAAGCCUGAGAAUAUCCUGCUAGCCUCUACAGGCCACAUCGUCCUGACAGACUUUGGCCUCUGCAAAGAGGGCCUGACGCCCACUGGGACCACUAGCACCUUCUGUGGAACCCCAGAGUACCUGGCCCCAGAGGUGCUGCAGAAGCAGGCGUACGACCGCACAGUGGACUGGUGGUGCCUGGGCUCAGUGCUGUACGAGAUGCUCUACGGACUGCCACCCUUCUACAGUCGUAACACAGCUGAGAUGUACAGCAAUAUCCUGAACAAGCCUCUGAUACUGAAGCCUAACGUGUCCAACUCAGGCAGGGAAAUGUUGGAGGGACUCCUGCAAAAGGACCGCACCAAGAGGCUGGGAGUGAAAGACGAUUUUAUGGAGCUGAAGUGCCACAACUUCUUCUCACCCAUCAACUGGGAUGACCUGAUGGCCAGGAAGAUCACACCACCUUACAUUCCCUCAGUGAGCGGGCCCACGGACCUCAGGCACUUUGACCCAGAGUUCACCCACCUCCCUGUGACCUCGUCGCUGUGCAACACGGACGGCCUGAUGGUGACCAGCAGCAUCAAGGAGGCAGCUGGAGCCUUCCCAGGCUUCUCUUAUGGGCCUGCUGACGGCUUCAUGUGAAGGAGUCCUCUGUCCACCUCUAUCCUCAUCACCUCUGUAGAACAAAUAAAACACAGAGAUACACGUACUGUAUGAGUGAUGUGGGAGGUGUGCAUGACCCGCUAAUAAGGCUCCUGAGAGGAAAAGGGGGUCUAGAACUCCAGAUCUUGUGGGAUUGUUGCAUGAGGGGUGUACAUUGCACGGGACUCCAAUCUUCAACGCCAACGAUCCUAACCUACCUGAUGCAAAAGUGUGCCAAGGUGGGACAUCGUUUUUUUCUUACCACAGGGAGAAAGGACAUUUCUCUCUAAUCGCUGUGGACCACGACCACUGUCAGAAGAAAAGAGUGAAGUGCCUGAAGUUUCAAGUUAGCGAGAACAGAGAGCAGCACUGUACCAGCAGGGUUGUAUCAAACACAAAAGACUGUCCAGUCUGUUUAGACCUAUGACCCCUGGCGCUAGCUGUAGAGGGCCUUGCCUUCCUGAUCAUUCUGUAUAUAUUGAAGACUUACAUUGUCACAAUGCAUUUGUUGUCAUUUGUUGUGUGAAUGCUGGAUUGCACUUGAGGCAUUAAGGGUGAUGAAGGUGAUUGCAUUGCUUAAGCAUCCACUCUGUCUCUUGUUCAGCUGCAUAUCUGUUCACCCCUGAAAAUCGUAAUAUGAAUAUCUGUUCACCUUCAAAAUAUUAAUAUUAAUAUCUGUUCACCAUCACAAUCCUAUUAGCUAAACAAGUAGGAAAACACCAGAAUGGAUCAACAUGAAAUACGUUUGUUUUGGAUCAAAUAGGGUACUAUGGUACAAUCUGAACUCAAUUCUACCGCGUGACCAAUUUUUCUCCACAUGCAGAAAAUGUUGGGGCAAAAAAAUUACAAUGUGUAGAAAGCAGACACAAAAUAUUUUAUUUUUUACAAGAAAUCUGCAAUAUAAUUUCAUGUUAUAUUAACUGAAUCUGACCAAAAAGUCCAUUGGUUUUCCAUUUCCAGGUACUGUUCAUCUUAAUACUAUAUAUCCGUCCCGAGUAAUUACAAAGCACUCUUUUAAAAACAUGUUUUUCACUUGGCUCCUUAACAGAAAGCAAAUAGAAAUAUAUUACCAAGCUCUAAACAAUUUAUACAUCUAAAAAGAAAUGUACUCCCUAAGUGGGAAAAACCCUGUCUUAUUUUCUAACCUAUCUUCUUCUAAUACCUGCACUUUACACAUUUACCCACCUAAGACUGUGUUGACAACUUGUGUUGACAUGCUGUUUGUAGAACUCAUUCAUAUAUUUGUAUCAUAAAUACAGAAAAUGGGGUAAAUGAUUUUACCAGCAAUACUAGGUCUUCUGCAGUAAUAGCACAUAUUAUAUCAAUCAUUGUUAUUCUCGUGAGUGAAAGUGAUUGCUGUUUUGCUGGCAAAACACUAGAUAAUCCCAUUAGAUUGUUAUGUACUGUAUACCCAUUUGCAUCGUGUACAGAACUCCUGCUAGAUUGAUAGGAAGGUACUGUGAAUGUCUUUCAUUUAAAGUGUGCCUGUCUGUCCCAGCCAUGUUAGGAUAGGAAGUCCUGAUCCAUAUGUGCGUAUCUAUUUAUUCCCUGUUAUCCUCAUGGUCUAGAUCAGUGUUUCCCAAACUCGGUCCCAAACUCUGUAUUUUUUGCCCUAGAACUACACAGCUGAUUUAAAUAAUAAUAAUAAUAUGCCAUUUAGCAGACACUUUUAUCCAAAGCGACUUACA